GCGGCCUCGCUGUGCGACGGUGCCACGGUUUUCACAGCGCUCACCUCAGCCCCACACAAGGGACGUCGGCAGGAACUGAGCACGGUCGCCAGAUGCAUAUGGAAUCGCGACACUUGCUGGAAGACGUGAGUGCCUACUGCUCUACACUAUGAAUCAACAUGGUGACUACCGGGCAAGGGACCACUACCAGGCACGCCACCGCUAUGGAGCCAGCGGAGGUGCGUUUGAAGAAACCGGUUUUCGCGGACCACCGCCAACUCGCGGAGGAAGAUUUGGAGGCCAGGUGGACUUGCGAGCCGACAGCUACUCAAACAGGCCCGAUUACUACGAUCCCACAUGGCAAUACGGUGCCAGCCGAAGAGGCCGACACCCAACGGGUCCCCCCGCCGAUGUUCACCAGCGUCAGCACUAUGGCUACGGCGGGACUGGCGGCUACCACAACCAGCGAUAUGAGCACGGCCCGCCCCGCCACGGUUACGCGGGCGGACCACGAGGUCGUGAGCUGCACGACCGCGGUAGGUCUCCUCGAGACGCUGCACAUCCGAGAAGAGGACGCGGCGGUGGGUGGAGCAGUUGGUUGGACACUGCAGGCCACCGUCGUGAGGGUAACGUGCCUUUGACCGCCGGCGAGAGCUUGCUGCACUUCAAACGAGCUGUGCGUCGUAUGAACAACGAUUGCGACCGGUCGGUGCUCUCCGAAAGCUGCGCGCACAGCGUUUCCGAGGUCAGCGACGCCAGGAGUCAGUACGCCGACGGCGACUUCGCGACGCACCGACACGCUGGCUUCACCGCCCGGCAUGGCAACGACGGGGAAAAUGCGGCUUCCUCUCGCGAGCGGAAGGACUUGGUCGACCGAACGGAAGCUGUCAUCAAACGCAGAGUUCCGUUGCAGAGGGACGUCAGCUUCGAGCCGUGCCGGCCGCUCGCGGCGGGUGCUUCGUUGUUGACCAGCAUGAUCAGCGUCUUCUGGGACAUCGAGAACUGCGCGGUGCCCAACGGAGUUCCGGCGUACGAGAUCGUGCUCAAGGUGCGCCAAAGGUUCUACGCGGGAUACCGCGAGGCGGACUUUGUCGUCGCCUGCGAUACCGCGCGCAUGAGCCCUGCCGUGAUCGCCGAGCUAAACGAGGCACUGGUGACGGUGAUACACGUUCCGGGUGACCAGAAGAACGCGGCCGACGAGAAGCUUCGCACUGUGCUGCGCCGCUUCUCGGACGCACACAAGCUGACAGGCUCGCGCAUCGUGCUCAUCUCGGGCGACGUGGACUUCGCGGCCGAAAUACACGAGAUGCGGUACACGGACCACAUCGACGUUGUGCUCAUUCACAACGAACAGGCCAAGAGAGCGCUGAGGGACGCGGCGAACGAGAGCAUCAGUUACAGCGCGUUCCUGGCGGACCUCAAAAGCAGCUAUGGAUCAAAGGCAGCCAAAACGUUUUCAUCCGGCCUUCGAAACGAAGGCAAAGACAAGGAAAGAAAGAGCGACCUGAAGAAGAGUGUUGCGUCUGUCGGCGCCCGUGUUCAAGAAGAUAAAAUGAUAGAGAAAGUGACGAAGAUAAACAAUCAAGCCCCAGAGACAGGCGAGCAGCCUUCCUUCCGCACGAAAGUGGGUUUACUAGUUCCCAGAGAGCCUACGAACGCGGUAUAUUGGAAAGAGUACUUGUCGCACCUCAACGUACCACAGGAUUUUACACUUGAGGUUGCCUGCGGCGGCAAAGACAUCGUGUGCCUCGUUUAUCCAAGCGCGACCAAGGCGAGGAAAGCAGUUGAAGCUCUCAACGAUCCGCUAGUGGAUGACGAGGACGUGCCGGUCUGCUUAGGAAUAAUUUCAAAGGAGACCACUCAAGAAGUCGAAAAAUUAACACCAGAACAGCCGAGUCGGGCUUCGAAGGUUAAAUCUGCAAUAACUAAUCACAAAGCGAAACUUGAAGCUGUGAGGAAAAGAAUUCGUAGCCUCCAGGGAGACGAAAAAACUGCGCCAAUGUUACAGGCGGCGUAUGAAUAUCAGGCCAAAAUUUACGAGGCUCAGCUGACCCAUUUCUUGAAGAUCAUUUCUGAUUUGCCUCAGUCGCCUAAACAAGCUGACGACGCCACAGCCACUGAAAUUGCUAGGCUCAAAAGGGGCUCAGUCGUUUACAGCGUAAAAUCAACAAUUCUCGAAACUUUGUCUGGGCGCCAAGUAGUGUUCCUGAUGUCGUCACCGGGAUCCAAAACAGCACUCGAAGUGGCGUCGUAUGCGCAAGAUUUGAACUUCCGUGUCCUUAGUGUACAAGCCAGUGAUUUCACAGCCGAGCAGUGCUCGAAAGGCGCAGGCUCUGUGAGUGGAUUGGGACCCGUGCAUUGCUGGCUCAGCACUACCGAAAAGGUCAACUCUGAAAGCGCAGUUGUUUUCACUAGCGCGCGACACUUCUUUCAAGAGUUUCUUCGCCGCGAUAUGGAACUCUCUGACUUCCAGGCCAUCAUCGUCGAUGAGCUGCAAGAAGACACCGCUUACCAGCGGGCUGUGCUGACAAUAAUCCAGAAAUAUUUUGUGUCUAAAGUCGGUGUAGUCUUGUGCGGCAAUCAGUCCGAUGUCUGCGCACGGAUCCAAGAGGCGUUUUGUCUAGAAACCGAGAACAUCAUCCGGUGCGUCCUCACGUUUCCAGUAGAUGUCAUCUGGAAAGGCAAGCCGACAAAUAGAGUGAUGGCAUGUGUCUGCACAGCUCUCGAAUUCUGCCAGACGGCAGAAGCACCGGCCGGCGGUGACGUUCUUGUGUUUCUUCCAUCCCUCGCGGACGCUAUUCUUGCGGAUGGCCUUUUGGUUCAGAGAAUGCGGGAGGAAAAGUUUGACGUGGCUGUUGCCCACGAAGUAUUGUCCUCUAUCUGGACAAAAUUUCCUCUCAAGAACGACCCUCUGCGGAAAGGAUGCUGGAGGGUGAUCUUUGCCGUGGAAUGUCCCGACGCAGUCGUGAGUGCACUGCGUGUGCGUUGCGUCGUUGACAGUGGCCUAACGCUGAAGACCGUUUACCGGUCUGGUAUUUUCGUCAUGCAGCUCGCUUACGUCACUGAAACUGAGGCAGAAGAGAGAAGAUUUUUAGCAGGAAUACACGAAUGCGGGACUUGCUACCGUCUCUACAGUAAAGCAGCAUUAGUCCCUUUAUCGCCAGCUCACUUACACAGCUCGAAGUACUUGGAGGACAUAGUUCUUCGUCUUUUUACCCAACAGAAGACCUCCGACGCUCUCUUUGUCAAUGAGCUCCCUAAGACGCUGCUGGAUGAAGUAAAGACUGCACUUAAACAGAUCGGGGCGUUAGACGCUGAAGGACAAGUGACUGACCUGGGCGCUAGGCUGUGUCAGACGAGUCUACAGCCGCGACUUGGCAUGCUUGUGCUGGGCUCAAUGGGCAAGGCUCCGUCCCUGGACUCGAUCCUACUUUCACUCCUUGUCUUCGAAGACUUGCUUGUGGCUUACAGGCCGCUGAAAGAAGGCGGAAAUCAGCGCGACUUCCCUGUGUCCGACGGAUCCAGCGUCUUUUCAGGGGUGAUUCAGCUGUACAAGAACUGGCUGGUUGUACCCAAGAAAAUGAAAAGCUCUUGGUGCGAUGUGCAUGACGUGAACGAAGCCUUUAUGAACUACCUUCACAACGCCGUUCGAAGUAUCCAGCAGGAGUUCACCGAGUUCAAAGGCAGAAAUCUCGGUGCCGAUUCAGCAAAGGAGGAGAAAAACGCUACAAUCACGUUAGGUGAACUGCUUGCACAGUCUUUCCCCCAAGGCCUGUUGCAAGCGGACCAACACGGUUACAAACACCCCACUUUGGGCGAUCACUUGCAGGUAUCACCAUUGUCGCUAUUUGAUACCGAGGGGAUAGAGCCGAAGAACGUCGUCUGUUGUCUAUUCGCUCAAGUUCAUGGCGAUAACACGGUAAAGCUGCUCAACUUCGCCGCUUUGCCAGAGUCCUUUUGUAAGCGCGAACCGACCGGUGAAGUUUACCGUGCAGAAGAAACGAAUCAUGAACUUGUGGAACGGUUUGGUCCCGUGGGAAAGCUGAUCUGGAACCAUCAGUUCAACUCGACAAGCGCGCUGCAGGUCAUUGAGGAAAAGCUGCGAAUAGCCACAGAUGACAGUAAGGGUCACCUCGAACGGGACGCAGCGAGACAGUGUGUCGUGAUAAGAGGACAAGAAAAGUACUGCUUCGAAGCUCUACAGUGCCUUCGGAGCAUCGUCAGCGAGCAGGUAACAAAACUGUCCAGAAAGGACCGGGAAGCCUUUCUCACACCGGCUAGAUCUCCCUACGAAGAACGUCCCGUGCUCGCCGUUCUCGGCAUUGGAGGUCACGUCAACGAACUACUCGCGCCGGCUGCCUUCCGGACUAUACUAGCGUACGAAGUGAGGAUGACCCACUCUGAGUUUUGCAGAAGGGUGAACGAACUGGGAGAGAUAGUCCUGUACCGGUACAUGAAAGAAGACUCCACCUUUGAGAUCACCUAUAAAACGGCACGAGAAGCCGACAAUGCCUACCGGGCGCUCUCUGAACAGGGCGGCGACCUAAAAGUAACCGUUAAGGGUGGCGCUCUCGACUACCGUGAAGAACAAAGGGAGCGGAGACCAGCGUUCCACGCCCAAAUCUCACUACCGCGCCGUCUGUGCUCGGGGACCGCGUUUGCCCAGUUACCGGACCAGGCAUCGAACGACCGCGUGGCGGCGCGGCUGCCCCUCAGAGUCCGCUUUGACAACAACACAGUGACUAUCCAUCGCGACAAGAAGGUAUCCUGCCAACUGUACAUCACGGGCUUGCCUUCGACGGCGACCCAGUCGGCGCUGGAAGGUCUUAUACGCUCGUCGCUAUCAGUAGACGUGAAGAAGGUAAGCCUCGUACGUGAAGCAGCACGCAAGACGCCUGUCGAGAAGCUGCGAGCAUUAGGGGACGCUGUACAGAAACUCUUUGACGAAGAACUCCGUGAACGCAGUCCCAAACUGGUUCUCAACACUCCGAGGAUGGAAGAUUAUAUUGAGAAAGGGUGGCUCUCCUUCGAGGAUCCCAACGCAGCUCAGGGCGCCUGCACGUUGCUCAGGGGCUCCCCAGUUCCCGUCGAUCGGAAUGGUGAGGAAGGUGUUGCCACGUUGCCGAUGGCCAUACACAUUCUCGUGGAGGAAACACUGUACUUCCCAUGCACCUUCUUCGAAGCGAUUCAGGGCCAAAUCGAAGAGGAGCUUCGUCGUCAAGAAGGACUUCGUCCUGAGGAUAACAUCAAGUGCGACGCGACACCCUGCGGUGAAAGCGCGGUUCGGGUCAAGCUAAAGGCUAACAACCUCAACGAUUUUCACAAGGCUGUGCACCUUUUCAACAGGAUGAUCCUGGGCCCCGACGCCCCGCGUGUCGACUCCCGCGUGCGCCCUGAACGAGUCGUGGAAGUGUUGAGGGCCGUGGCGCCCGACGGUGGCAUCUACGUGUACCGCAAGCCCGGCGAGGCCCGCUUGGUGGGCGAAGCGCAGCUCGUCGCGGCAGCCAGCGAGAUGCUGAGGAGGCACACCAAGGCAUGGGAGAAGCGGCAGAGGAAGAGAUUGGCACUCGUCGGAGAAGGGUUUACUGUGCUGAAGUCCUUCAUCGCCACAUUGGGCGAUGACCCUUGGUAUCUAGCCAGAGAAUGCAAGCUGGAUGCUGCCACCUUCGAUGGGCAAUUCGAAACGGUCGAGAUUCUUGGAACAGACGCGGCCAUCAGAGAGGCCGAACGACUUGUGAGCCAGCUGCCGAAGAGUAGAGUGGACGAAAAAUCGACGGCCGAUGCCGGACAGCGCUGCCCCAUCUGCCGACUGCCACCAGGCGACGCUCAAAAGGACCGGCUCUCGGGGAGUGGACACCGUCUCGAGCUGUGCGGUCAUUGGCACUGUGGAUCGUGCCUGCUGCUGGUCUUCAAGAGAGCUUCCCCGCCUUUGGCGUGCUUCGAAAAGGACUGCGCCUCACCGUGGGCGAUAGCCGACAUUACCCACGUGACGAGCAACAACCAGGAUUUGCUGAGUGACCUCGCACGAAGGUCGUUCGAGUGCAGCGUCGCAGCGGACUUGGACGGAAGAUGGCUGCCCUGUCCGACACCCGAAUGCCACUUUGCGCUGGAUUCCAAAAUGGACGCCGAGACACAGGGCGUGCACGUCCUGGGCAACGUGCACGUUUGCCCCGGAUGCAACAACGCCGUCUGCUUCCGCUGCCGGUCGCUGUACCACUACGGAAUCUCGUGCGCCACUUUCAAGGACUCCAUGUCGCCGAAUAGUGCCAAUGACAAGGUAUGCAAGCACUCUGGAACCGUGAAAAGGCGACGCGCUUGCCACUGCGCUGGAACUCAUGGCUCAACGAAGAUCCCGGAAAGCGGGUCCUGUGCCCGUCAUGCAAGGCACGCCUGGAGCGUAACACCAGCAACAAGGUGGACGCCUGCUGGUCCUGCAGACGCCUCUUUUGCUGGCGCUGCCACCGCAGCUUCGAGGACGAUGCCACUGCCGCUAGGGGUCACCGCACGGAGUAUUGUCAGGUGGCUCCGCUGUGCGGUGACGAUACCUGCUGCGUCAUGUGACAUCUCCCUGCCUCUUGUGGUCAUAUCUCUGAUCAUUACGGAGUCCAAAACAAUUCUCCACACGUCGCGUUUAAUGGGAAUUGUUUGUUCUGCCGUGGCAAAAAAAAAAAAUACUUUUAGCAACGUAACGAUGUCAGUCACUGUGCUGAGAGUACGCAUGACCUAAACUGUGCUUAUUUUAGGCCGGAUAUUAACUCAAAAUAAGGAUUGCCUUUUCUUAUCAAGCUUGCGCGAUAAAACUGCCGCCCCUGCUAAAAGAAAGUGUGAUCGAAGUUACACCAAUCUUUGUACGAGAGAAACGAAGGGACUAUUUAUGUUUGCUAAGGAGAAAUGUGAGUUUAAUAUAAAUAUUACCCCUGUCAACGAAACAUUCACCAUGCCACAAUAUCACAGGUUAACUAGGAACGCUUCCAGCUAAUUCACUAGAAAAAGACUUUCUCUAAAGGUUCGUGCUCGAAACGCGAAAGUGAUAGGCCUGUUUGUUCGUGUUUAGUUUCUUCACAAGCAAAUAUUCCAAGUAACUGUCGGAUCCAGCAACAAACAUACUGCACGCUUUGUCAAGACGUAUAUCAAAAUGGGAAAUAUGAAGCUAGGUAUGAGUGCGCGGGCACCAUUGUUUAAAAUUUGCAAAAAUGAACACUAGCAGGUUACCUGCUUUGCCAUGGGGUUAUCUAUAAAUAAGGUUAGGGAAACUGCUUACAUCGUGCCAUGUAUUUGCAGGCGCAAUUUUGAUGCGAUUAAAACUUACUUCAGCAUCGGACACACUGAAGUCAAGGACGACUGCCAGAAAUUCAAAAGCCUACCUGUAGCUUUGGCAGGCUGUGUAUGGUCGCGUAUGGUUGGCGGUGGAGAGGUCAAUGAAGUAGUCUCUAGUCAUUAAGACUAGAGCUUCCCGACAUUGCAUUUCUUUGUUGACAGGUGAUUGCUGCGAAUAAUGCAGUUGCGCACCCGACAACAGCAGUGAUGUCAUGGCGAGAAGAUUAUUUUCUUUGUGCGAAAUGGAAGAAUGAGGCGUUGCAUAGGCAGAUGCGUGACCGUAUUUUUCAGCGUGGAGGAUGAUGUGCCAUGGUGUGAAAAAUUCCUGUUCCGUUUAUCAAACUCCCUUGCGAGAGCGAAAGAACGUUUUUAAUGUGCCAAAAGUAGAGAGGCAUCUUGUCUAUAAUUUCGCCUACGCACACGUCGUUGAAAUCGAGGAGGCGAAGGAUAAUGAGAAAGUUAGUCCAAUUGACGAUGAUAGUGUAUGGUAAACUAUGUACAUGUGCGAUGUGUACAGAUGUUCUGCCCACAGCUCGUCACAAUGCUCACGCACCUCUGAUGAAGUGCUAGAGCCUGGAGGUAAAGCGAUCUUUCAAGACCCUUCACAGGGAAGAGGUAACGGAGUACAGUUAUUAAUAAAUGCCUGCAGACGAUUGCAUUAUAAAAGUGAGGCUGGCACCACAAGUGUAACAGUCAUGCUGAGCAAUGACAGCGCUUCGUUGAUAAUGAACGACUCCAUAUCGCAAGCAGUGCCAAAUGGGCGCGAUAUGAGAAUACAGGGGCGGUGACGCCCUCUGCAUAUGAACGUGCGUAAUCAGGGGCGCGUGAUUAAGAUAGCUGCCAGUCAGACAAUUAGCUUCAGAUCGUACGUAAGCAAGCGGACCCGCUUAAGGAGUGCAGCAACAAUUCGAUACGAGCGAAUUUAGCAGCGGCGUUUUACUCCACAUAAUUAUUCUUAGGCAUGGAGCUGAUAAUGUGUGAGCCAAAAUUAUCUUGUGGAUAAGAGUUAUGCAUCAACGGGUUCGCGCUGCAGAUGCUCCACGACAGAGCUUUCGGAUAGCAAAGCGCGGACGCGUAGUUCUGAUGUCUGAGUUGGCCGCUUAUCUUUGCAUCAGCUUGAAGGUUCAUUCCUCGUUCUCCACUCACCAAGAGCCCGGAAAUUCGCCUAUAACUGCUGCAGCAUACAAAAUUCGACGAACUAUGGCGUUAUCUUUAUGUGCCUAUAGGGUGGGGCAUUUAGCACUACGUCCAGGCGUUAUUUCCUCUCGUUAGGUACUAGCACCAUUCGCUUAGCAAACAGCAGAAACACGAAGUUGUCGCAAACAGCUGAAUCACAGCGGAUAACUUUGAUGUUUCGCUCUUUCUUCAUGCGCACAUAUCCGAGUGUUGUACUUUACGUCGAUUGGUGCGGCCUUUCUCAGCUGUCGUCAACCUAAGGAAGCGGGAAACCUUCAGUUCAUAUGAGGGCGACCAUUUAAUGCAACAAUAAACAGUAACACGAAACGACCUUGGACGAAGUAUCACUUUCAAACCCUGUAAAUAAAUAUCUGUAAUUCAAUCGAGACCUUGCUCUCUCUGACUCUUUUCAGACUCUAUUUGUAUUUAAUUUUAAGGUCAAAGUUUUCCUUUUCUUUAAUUUUGGGGCACAAACGCAUCACCGGUAAAUCAAGGUGGUGUCAGAGAUUUCAAAAUAACCUCACCUGUUUAUGCACCUUCUUCUGCAGAGCAAAAUCACAACUACUUAGCUUAUUAAAUGUUUGCUUUAAAUGAAAUGUAUUCCUUGUUCAUUGACAAAACAACUAGGCCUGAGCUUGUAGACGGCUGUCAAGAUAUGACAUCACCAGGGGGAUGAAGGGAGGCUGGUUCUCGGACGCCAAGUGGACGUCGCCGAACUUUUCUAGUUUGUAGGCUGCUCCUGGGUAAUGAAACCUAUGCUCAUGAAAAAACUAACCUAUUUAGUUAGUAUUCUGAAGUGGUAGCCUACGAAUUCAACUUCACUUAAUAUUGAUUUUAGUGUCAUCCUAGUCAAGUCAAACGCUUGGCAUGCUACUCCGUGUGGUUGGGGCAAAAUAUGAAGGUGGAAUAUUAAAAAAGAGAGUAAUGAAGAAAGAUGAGAAAAUAUUCAGAAAAUGUACAAACACACACACACAAGAAACGCUCACAAAUAAAGAUGGCUAACGUGUCAAACUCAACAUACAAGACCUCCUAUAGGCCUGCACUACGCAAAUGAGUUAAAACAGCCGUUGUAGAGCUUCGUAUACGUUGUUUCUGUGUUGUCUUGGUAGGUGUUGUGCCCUGUCGACACCUCUAAGCACCAUAGCCUCAAACUGCCAGUGACUGUUUCCUUAGCCAGUUUCUUCACAAGCAGAAGCGUAGAGUGAGGUGGUGUCCGCAUUUCCAGUACAAAUUUGUGACUAAGACGCAUAAGGUUUCCUUUUCUGGGGAAAUCUUUCUUAGAUGACUACGACUCAUUUAUUGUGAUUUGACUGUAAACGAGGAGACGAGUACGGAAGCCUAUAUUAAUUUAGCGAGAGCACCAUAUAUAUUACGUGGUUUUCUUGCAUAACAUCGCUUCCAAGGUUGAGUGUAUAUCAACUGAACGUGUCCUUUCCUGAAAAAAAAAAAGCACGAAGAAAACGAACUAAGCGGCAGUUGGCUUUGUCGAAAAACCUUUUAAACAUGCCAGUUACGUAGAUAAGGAUGGUCUUAUGAUAGUUUCUUGACGCUAAACGGCACUUAAACUUGUGGCAUUGAAUAGACGGCGAUGCGGCUGACUGCCUGUAUGAUAACGCUAGCGCGCAUAGGGUAUAGCAUAUUGGAAGAAAAUUUUACAAAGUUAUGUAAUAUCUUGUAAAAUCUGUAUUUUGAGGGGCAUAGUGCUCCUCACUCAUACAUGAUGGCAAAUGCAGGCAAUUAAUUAAAGACGAAUUUUUUAACAACAUUAGUAGAGAGUGGAAAUAGCACUGAAAUCUCAUCGCGACCGACUUGCGCUAUUCAGAGUUGAAGAAAGGCCGACAAGAAUUGAAAACAAACUUAGGAAGUAAAGCUUUCUUCAGCUUCUUUUGUCUUCUAGCUCCAGAAAGAUGCAGUCUGUCUUUUUGGAACCAGACCUUCUCCUGAGGUGCCCAAGUUCGCGCCAAUGGGCUUGCCAAUAUUGUAGUAAUUGUACCAGUAGAUUCUAACAAACUUCCGAAUGCAAAAGACGCUCCCGCGGGCUGUUGAUCUUGUUGCAACCCUUUCCAGGGUGAUUGUUAAAUAUAUUUUUGUGUGUGUCUGUGAAAACUUCGUUACUAUACAGGCACCACAUAAUGAAACAAUUGCAGUGAUUCUUCUUUGUACGUUGCUUUUUAUCUUGAUUCAGGGAUUAGGCACAUAUAUGAAAAGUGUGAGAAUCACUGUACAAACAAGUGCUCGCAGUGUAUCUACUCUAUGGCAGCUUGGGUAUAAAUAGCACCAUAUCGCAGUUUGCAUUGCGUUUCGCACUUCAAUCACGAGUGAACAUUAACUUCCAGAUUACCAAAUUGUACAUUAUCAUAUCUCUGCCAAGCCUGAUGUAGCCUCAGCUGUGCUUGUCAUAGCAUGCGUGACGUGCUUUGUUCAAGAACAAAUGCGAUGCUCGAAAUAUGUUCAGUAUUUUAUUAAUAUUGCUAAGUAACAAUAUAUUCUGAUGAGAUACUGAUUCAUCAUGUUUCGUGUUGAGGGCUGGCUCAAAAAUUAUUCGCAGCGUGUCUACGGCAUACUGCCUUUUUUUCUACUUUUGCUUUGUGUUUCUUGCUCGGUUUGAUGUGAGCCUUUGACUGUUUUGCUAUUUCUAAACUUGCGAGAAAAGUAUAAGUGUGAUGUAUAUGAAAGAGACAUGCUCACAGUUUGAUAUCUCGAAGAUUUUAUGUAACGGUCUUCAAAUAAAGUUGCCGUGCUAUCACA